AGCUCGCUCCGCCUUCUCCCGGCCGGCGCGCCGCUCCCGCCUCCUUCCCUUUCCGCUGCUGAGGCGGCGGGAGCCGAACCCGAGCGCACCCAGCUGCGGCCGCAGCGGGCAGCGGGCGGCGGGCAGUCGGGGGGUGGCGGCGAUGCGGCGGCCCCACUGAGCGCGCCCGCUCCUGGCGCGGGGUCCGGCCGCGUAAGGCGGCCCGGGCCAGGCGGCAGCAUGCGGAGCGGCGAGGAGCUGGACGGCUUCGAGGGUGAGGCCUCGAGCACCUCCAUGAUCUCGGGCGCCAGCAGCCCGUACCAGCCCACCACCGAGCCGGUGAGCCAGCGCCGCGGGCUGGCCGGCCUGCGCUGCGACCCUGACUACCUGUGCGGCGCUCUCGGCCGCCUCAAGGUCGCCCAAGUGAUUCUGGCCCUGAUUGCAUUCAUCUGCAUUGAGACCAUCAUGGAUUGCUCCCCGUGUGAAGGUCUCUACUUCUUUGAGUUUGUAAGCUGUAGUGCAUUUGUGGUGACUGGAGUCUUGCUGAUUCUGUUCAGCUUCAACCUUCACAUGAGGAUCCCCCAGAUCAACUGGAACCUGACAGACUUGGUCAACACUGGACUCAGCACUUUCUUUUUCUUUAUUGCCUCAAUUGUACUGGCUGCUCUAAACCACAAAACCGGAGCUGAAAUUGCUGCCUUGAUAUUUGGCUUCUUGGCAACAGCAGCCUAUGCAGCGAGCACAUUCUUGGCCGUACAGAAAUGGAGAGUCAGCAUCCGUCAGCAGAGUGCGAAUGACUACAUCCGAGCCCGCACUGAGUCCAGAGAUGUGGACAGUCGUCCUGAGAUCCAGCGCUUGGACACAUGAAGUCCUGCUGGAGUCCACCUCCCUCCAGCCCUUGUGCCCAUCCUUCCAGUCAAAGUUUCUUUCCCUCUGCUCACGAGACUUCCAUGUGAUUCAGCUGAAUUUUGUCCUCUUUGGUAAAAGUUCACUUUGGAAAAAGGUAUCCAGAGUGGCCCUGUGGGUGGGUCCAUGGUGGGCUGGACAGGCCUGUCUCCUCUAAUAUUGGACAGCCACAGGAGCAGCCAGCUAAAUGACCCAUGAGCCACGCUGUCAUAUGUAUUUGUAACGAGUGAAGAUGCUGGGUUACACAGGGCUGCUAAGAAGGGGAAAAUAGACAUGAAGAAAUGAAGGUGCAGGAUUGGGACAGUUGGGCAGCCCCGUGGUGUGCUCUGGGUGCAUGUUGAGUCUGGCUGCCAGGACCUGCCUUCCUUGUCUUCCAUGUCCAGGGCAUCAAGACAACCAGAACGGCCUGAAAGUCACUGGGACUCUGAGGGUCUUAGCAUUAAAUGUGCUGGUCAAUAUCUUCACUGGGCCUGAAAAUUGCAGGGACAGGAAAAACUGAUGUCCUGUGGGACAGUUCCAUGAGACCUCUGACUACAGGAAGGUUACCCUUUUUUCUGCCCUGCUAGGAAAUCAGUUGGUUCUUCCUCAGUCCCAAGAAUAUAGGGACCAUCUUGUGUGACAGUUUCUUGCUUACCCUGAACACUCUGAGGCUGAAUUGCAGUUUCUGUAAUUUUACCUUCUCAGGUAACAGCCACAGAAAAAACACAGUCCAUUCCACCAGCCAAAGCACUUGCCUGUUUGCUGGCUUCUUGGACCACACAUGGGAGUGUUUGUGUGUAUGUAUUACAAAUCAGGACACACACACAAACAUACCUGUUUCAGGGAUGUGUGCUAAUUUUCUAAUGCGUGAGAAGAAUUUUUAGAUGAUUCUGAAUAGAUCUGUCUAGAAUUUAAAAAUACUUGAAUUUACACCAGGACACAUCCUUCCUCUGAUGUGUCAGAGGGUACCAGUUACCAAUUUGGGUACCUGAGCUUCAUUACUAUGAACACCAGUGGUGGAGAUUGUUGGGAAAAUCCUAGUUACUGAGGUUUUUGAUUGAUUGUUGAUCAAGUGAAGAUUAUUUUUUUUGUGAUGAAUGAGUUAAAUGAGCCCCUGCAGUGCUGUAAUUUUGUUAUUGUGGUGGUUGUUAAAAGACUUAAUUGUAUCUUUCAUGGGAAAAUUGUUAUAAUUUGUCAGGUUUUCACAUUUUGAACUGUUUUAAUGUUUACAGAUGUCAUUGUAGAUCUAAUAUUUUGUGUUUAGCCCUUAUCAAGGAAAAGACACCAUUGGUGGGAAGAUCUUGCAGUAGUCUGGAAAACUUUGACAUCUUGUACUAAGGACCACUUACAGUCUUAGCUGUGUACCGCGUAGGAAAUGGCCCAGAGGAAGGGGUAGGAGAGUGUGAAGAGGUGUCCCUGUGCAUGUGUGGCAUUGUGUUUUUAAGGAAGAGCAGUGUCUGCUUUAACAGGGAGGAGAGGGGUGUUGGUUAGGUAGUGUCACUGGGCUGGGGAUUCCACAGAAAUGGUGGCGUGUCGGGUCUGAGGGCCAGGGUUAGGAGUUAGCCCCCUAUCCCAGUGUCCAGCACACUCCAGUCUUUUGUAGUCUUUCCUGAGGAAUGGCCCAGGCCAUAUGUUCAAGCCUGGCUGCCUCAGGGACUGACCACAGUGGGUGGCCUGGCCUCGUUACAGCUGGGCAUGAGGCCGAUAGAGCCUUCUUCUUGUGUGUGUGUCAUGAGUCAGCAACAUACUUUAUAGACGCUGAACCUGUUAUAUGCAGUGAUGUGGGGGGAGCUGAAGACAUCUGGAUUUUAUCUCAUAGUUUUACAUAUUUAUUGUGCAUUUGUUGAGUAUGUCUACAUAAUUAAACUUGGGCUUAUUGCCCUCUGAGAAUUCCAUUUAAAAUAGGGCCACAGAGACAACCCACUAGGAAGGAUACCCUGAGCUUUCUGAGAAAUCUGCAGGGAGUCAAGUUACUUGGACCCAAUAAAAGCCACCUUUGAAGUAAGAGUGAAAGAAGAAUAUCAUUCGGGCAAGAUUGUUGCCCAAGUUUUUCUGUGUCACUUCAAUAAAACCAACUUAAUAUCCAGUGAAGGAAACCAUUGAUUGGCCUCCCAAGGAGGUGUUGUCAGUGGAAAGAAACAGUUCUGAGGCCCAUCAAGACCAGAAAUGCUGAGGGAUAGAAAGCAAUGAUGUCUCGUGCCCAGAGAGAUUUAGGAGUUAAUUCGCAUCUUAGUGAUAGACUCGUUGGAAUUAUUUAUGUCCCUGUAACUAUUUAAUAUCCUUUGUGCCAUGAGGCUUCCUCAUGGUUUUUGUAAAUGUAUUUUCCUAUACUAUUUAAUUAGCUCCCACUAGAACCGGAAGUGACCUGUACAGUCUGACUGAUGUAGUGUACAGACAGGAAAAGUCAUGAAAGGAAUAUGGUCAUCUACAAUGAAUGCAAGGUACCGUGUUUUUCUUCUGCCUCCUCUAUGUACCAACAGAAGAUGGUCUAGAUUAGAAUGACUUCCUUGCAAAUGGAAGGAAAUGUAUUUCUGCAUUUAGUUGAUCCAGUAUAUACCAAUGUCACUUAGGUUUGGGGCAUUUUAAGGCUGAGGCUUAGUUUUUCAGUUUUCUCAGUGUUCUGGUGGGAUGAAUUGACUUUCACAGAAGUUGGAGCAAAGCUUGAAGGAACCGCAGGUGUUUUUUCCAUCCUGGAAUGUUUGUACAGACGCAGGCUGAAGCCUUCCAGGAUUUGGUGGGACCUCUGGUGAUUUUGAUGGAUAUAAACACUGCCACCUUCAGAGAAAGUUUAUUUUGGCAGUGAUUUGGUUGAUUGGUUGUAUAUUUCCUCUCCUUUCCCUCCCUUCCCCUCUCCUCAUGUUGCUGAAGGCACGGAGGAGGCAAUAUCCUUUCCCUUUCACCCAGAGAUACUAUAAUUAUGCAAACCUAGUCACUUGUUGGUCCCCUAGAAAGGGCAAACAUGGUUACAGACUAAAAUAUUAUUAAAGUUUGAUUUAAAGUAAUCAGACUUCCAAGGCAAAUUGCUUAUUUAAAAAAAAAAAAAAAAAGCAAGAAUACAGUAACCUGCUCACUUCCACUGCAGUGUCUCCCUUAGCCCACUGAGCAGGAGAGUUGGUGUGUGCAGAGCCAACCACAGGGAAACCAGCAAGGCCCAUCCAGGCUCUAAUGGUGUGGCCCUGGGAUGCCAUUAUUAUUCUCCUGCCUAAAGGACCAUGCCUGUGGGCAGGCCGGGUAUGUCUGGCCUCCAACUUGUGCUCCAUCCUACUAGCUACAGCUUCGAGGCUCAGGUGUAAACAUUCAUGGUUUCUUGAAGUAUGCGGUUUUGUUUGCCUUUGUGAUGCUUUCUUAGUGAUUCAGACUUCUGUUAAACCACAGACAGUCUCUGUGGCGACAAAGCCCUUGCUUUUAUCUGUACAUGUAUGUGAGCUCUUGCUUGCCAUGAGUGACCCUUGGAUAACCCUUGAAGGCGUUAGAUGUGUUUACAACCCCAGGCUGCUAGGGAAACGUGCUCAGUUAACUGCCUGCCUGUAUUCGUGUCUGUAGCAAAGUGAGAUGUUGUAUUCCCAGACCAGCUUGGGGCAAGACCUGCACAUUGGGAGCAACGGGCAGCCGGUGUGGGUCUGAGCAGGUGACUGACUAGCGUAGGGCCCUGGCAGGACACAGAGCUGAAGGCCACCCUUUCACUUUGUAAACCUUCCUGAUUCUCUGAGUUCUUUUGUUUCGUCUCUUAGCAGAGGUACCUUUGAAAUCAUAAGACUUGCCUGGUAGGGAAAGUAAUUUGAAAUAUUUGACCUUUUAUGUUCCCUCUAUUUAAAACCUUUUAUAUUUCCUGUCUCGGAAAAAAAUAGUUUAUUAGAUCUAGAAUUUUCUUCUGAAAACGAAUGUUCUGUUGGACUUUUCUUCAUGCCAGUAAAUAGCACAUGUAUAUGCACUGGGCUUGAAACAGAGAAAGUCCUAUAUUUUCCCUUAUCUUGAAUGUAUCUUUUUCCAUUUGGACACUUUUUUUUUUUCAUCCUUUGGGAUUUUUUUCAUUCUACUUUUUCUUAUUCCAUAAACAUAACAGCAAAGAAAAAAAAUGACCUACAAGCCCACUGACCUUGACAUUGGCAACUUGUUUAGAACAAAGUUUAGAUUACGGGCCUUUGAAUAGCUUACCUAUUUCAGUGCAUUACUUUGCUGUCCAUGCUUUUUAUCCUGAGACUUUAAUUCAGGGGAACAAACUUUGGUUAAGGGCUAAUACUACUUGGACUCUGAUGAGCUAUCAGAGCUUUUAUGGUUCUGGUAUUUAUGAUAAAAACCGUCUGAAACCAUGUAGGUCAGCUUUGUUGAUGGGAGUUAGGACAGAUCUGAGUUUCUUUUCAUAAUUGUUCCUGAAAACAGACUACACAAAACAACAUCCUGAUAAUGAUUUAUGUGGGUUUUGGUAACAAUCUGAAACUAUCAAAUCUGAAUUGUCUUUGGAAGCUGCUACUGACAUCUAGUAGGAAGUUACUCCUGUUAAUCAGGAAAGGCAGAGAGGAAAGCCAGGACCUAAGAAUACGUGGGAGCCCUGCGUCUACAUGAGACCUUUCCAGGCCUCACUAAUGGCUGCUUCCCUUCACUGGCCGUGUCUUCCUAAUUUUUCCACAAUUGACUUUGCAAAUUUCAAGACUGUUUCCUUCUCUGUGGAAGUAAAGAAGAAAAGCAUUAAAGGAGAAUGGGCUGGUCCCAGGGCUGGGGCGGGCGAGGGCAAGGGCAGGAUGCCCAGGAUGGUCCCCAUGUUGGCCCAGAUCUAAGAGGAGCUGCCUGAGUCCAGCUCUUUCAUCCACUGCACACUUAAUGAGUCUUCAAAUCACGAUGGAUUGCAUAAAAUCAGUGCUUUUCAUAACUUGAUUUUCAUAUGCUUCCCUCUAAGAGAAUGAUAGGGAUUAAAAUUAUUUGUAUAUGUUGAAAUUUGUAGGGGUUCAGGAACCCAUGGCAGAAAUACUAAACUAUUUAUUACAGGUUUGACUUUUUUUUUUCAUAGUAGGCAAUUCUGUCUUUGUAUAUUUUAAGAUAAAUAAUCACUACACCUUUGGUGCCUUCCGUGUAUCACAUAAGCACUCUUGUCGAUCAUGGAAUUGGAAAAAAAGAUGUACAUUUAGUUAAAACAGAUAACACUAUUUUUGUAGCAUGUUAUAGAUUACGUCCUUUUAAUAUUGCUUUCAACAAUGCUGGUCUUGUGGUUUGGACCAUUUUCCCUUUAAAAUUCGUAUUUUCAAAAAGAAAACAAACAAAUAAAAAACCACAAAAAAAUCCCCUGGCUACUCUCAUCUCUCCGUUGAAUUUCCCCCUACAUCUUGUCUCUGCUUAUUUAAAUAGUCUGAGAGUAAAAGUAUAUUUCUGUGAAAUAAGUAUGAGUCAGUAUAAUUGCAUUUGGCAUUGUUUAACCAUUUGCUCAGUUUCAAGAGCCACCACUCACCUUGAACAAUAAAAGUUGUCCUAUAUUGAAAAAGGAGAGAAAAGCCCAUCAUGUAUGAUGACUUCCCCUUUGCUGGGUCUGAAAUUGUGGAAAGCCUGGCUCCUUGCCCUGUUCCUUUCGAGACUCCAAGGUGUUACGUGGCCCGGGGUCUUCCAGCAUUGGCUUAGUCCUAGAGCACCACAACCUGUCUCCAGCCCUGCCGUGCACUUGGAUUUCAGAUGGAGUUAUGGAUGCUCAGGGUGGACUUGUGGCCCUGUCCAGGCUUUAGGCCUGAGUGCAGUAGGGGCGCUCAUGAGGAGUUGGAGGGAACCAAGGCACAGGCAGACGAGCAGCUCCCUGUGCUCCCGCCCUGCAGGCUGAGUUCUGUCUGGUCAAGGAGAGUCUUGGGUAAACUGAGCCUUUGUGGAGGAAGGUACAGAUAUACUGAAACAUGAAAUUAUAGCUUGCUUUUUUUGUUCUUUUGAAGAGUCAACAUUAAUUCUGUGAAAAUGAAGGAAGUGCAGUCAAACAGCUAAGUCCUAACUUUUGAUAGGCUCACUCAUUGGUACUUUACCUAGUGGCACUUUUUAGGGCAGUGUAAAAGACUGCCACACCUUGUGUCUGAAGUCUGUUUCUUCUGGCAGUCCAGAGACAUAGCUGUGGGCAUUCUGAGGUGGUGGGCAUUGGGCAAACUUGGGCUCAUGUGGUUUGCGGGGCAGAGCUGCCGUCCUGGCCUCUCACCCUGACAUGGCUGCUGUGCCAGGGGCUUCCUCCCACUCUGACAGGCUCUCAGGUUUGACCCUUUGCAUUUGGAAUGGGAACCCCAAAGUGUUUGCUCCUGUCAGUUUGUCCCUGACAGCAGACAAAGCCUCACACUGCCCUCAAGUCUUCCCCUUUAUUUCUUUUGAAGGACCAAUUUUUCAUGGUACUUGUCUUGUUUUCAUAGUGUUAAAUCUGUAUUUUUGUAUGUAGAGGGAAAUAAUUUUCUCAACACUAAUCGCUAAUAUUGUAUUAAAUUGUCAUGAAGGAGUUCUUGUUUAAUAAAUGGACAUGUGAAAAUA